CGUUUGAUCAAUGUACAGUUCGUGGGUCAGUGAGAGUAACUUGAACAACUUUCCUAUGAAAACCGUCCAUUGGAAGAACUUCUUUAUACGGCGUGGCUAGAAACAUCCUCAUUCUUGCUCGACGACUCCUCAAACCGUUCUCACAAGCUGAAAUGCCGGUCGGAGACUCCGAACGUCCCUUGCUGUCGCUGGGGUUGUGGCUUGCUAAAGAAGCGAGUGAUGCAAUUCCAAGAGCUACUACGACACUGCUUGUCAUAGCAAUUGCAGCUCUUGGUUUUUUCUCUUUGUUAAAGAGGCGAAGGAUUGCGAAGGCUCCAUUGCCACCGGGGCCCCAAGGAGUGCCGUUCCUUGGGUACCUCCCAUUCCUUGGGGCCAACCUCCACCGGAAGUUUGCCGAAUUGGCCGAGACCUACGGCCACAUCUACAAACUCCAGCUUGGAAGCAAGUUGUAUGUCGUGGUUAGCUCCCCGUCGCUGGCCAAAGAAAUUGUGCGGGACCAGGACAUGAUGUUUGCCAAUCGGGACCCGAACAUCGCCACUACCAUCGCGACAUACGGCGCAAUGGACAUUGCCUUCUCGAGCCAGGGACCUCACUGGAGGAAUCUCCGCAAACUGUUCGUACGGAAGGUAAUGAGCAACGCGAGCCUCGAUGCCUCUUACAGAUUAAGAAGGCAGGAGGUCCGGAAAGCUCUGAGCGAUCUGUAUGGAAAAUCUGGGGUGCCGGUAGAUGUUGGAGAAAUGGCCUUUCUGAUCUUGAUUAACACGGUGAUGUCAAUGCUGUGGGGAGGGACGCUCAAGGGAGAGAAGCGCGACGCCGUGGGCGCCGAGUUUCGAAAGAUGAUUGCUAAACAAUCGGUGCUCUUAGGUAGUCCGAAUGUUUCGGACUUUUUCCCGGCAUUCGCUUGGCUUGACCUGCAAGGAGUGGAAAGGGAGAUGAAAAGGGUGCAUGAGUGGCUCGAUGAUUUUCUUCAGUCUCUCAUCGAUUGUGCCGUCGGAGGAGGAACAAAUGAACUGUUCGAGCAGAAGGAAGGAGAAUCUGGAAGGGAUGAACAAAAAACGGAUUUCUUGCACAUUUUCCUGGACAUAGAGAUGGAUCUUGAAGAUAACCAGUCACCAAUUGACAAGAACGGAGCGCUCAAAGCCAUUCUUACGGACAUCGUGGUCGGUGGAACCGAUACAACUUCAACAAUGGUCGAGUGGGUGAUGACGGAGUUGCUGCACAACCGAAAUGUGAUGAACAAAGUAGUCCACGAGUUGGCAGAAGUCGUAGGGGAGGAUAAGAUGAUCGAAGAGCACCACCUGCCCAAAUUGAAGUACCUCAAUGCUGCCAUCAAGGAGGCACUUCGCUUGCACCCGGCGCUGCCCUUACUGGUGCCCCGGAUGCCUGAUGCUUCCUGUGUCGUCGGGGGUUACACCAUACCGAAGGGCAGCAACGUAUUCCUGAACGUGGGUUCUAUCCAUAGGGACCCUGCGAUUUGGGACAAACCGUCAGAGUUUAGACCCGAGAGGUUCUUGGAGGAUCCAGACAAGUAUGAUCUCUCGGGCAACGACUUCAGGUACAUGCCGUUCGGAUCCGGUCGGAGGAUAUGCGCGGGGCUUCCGCUGGCAGAGAGGAUGCUAACGUUUAUCUUGGCCUCCCUUUUGCAUUCCUUCGUCUGGGAAUCACCGCACGGGGCCGAGCUGGAACUGUCGGACAAGUUCGGGAUUGUGGUCAAGAAAAUGAAUCCCCUGAUUGCCAUCCCCAGGCCGAGGUUGUCCACUCCAGAGCUCUACAUGUCAACAUAGAUCUUUCAUUAGAGUCUCAGGACUCUUCAUUUCAAUUCUACUAAAUAAAAGUACCCUGCCAGAGUGUUAUAUGUA